AUGUUUUACGUAUUGACUCAAUUGCACAAAGAAUUUGUUGCGCUCCUUUUAGUACCGUGGAAUUAUUUGGAAGCAUGUCAUGGAAAAGAUGUACCUGAUGACAUUGGAGCUGUGUUGAAGAGAACAGCUGAUAGAAUGGUAAAUCAAGAAGAGGAUAUUGGCAUGUGUCAGAAAGUUGUAAAGACCAAUGUACCACAUAUCACUAUUGAAAUUGUAAGAGAAAAGCAUAGCUCAAAAAUAACCAAAAUCACCAUCAAUUCUUUCUGGGUUUACUUUCACAAAGCUAUAUAA